AUGUGUGAAAGACAAUCCCCGAUUCUGACCAAUGAAAGUGCGCUAAUUUCAAGACACAUUCCGCGUUCGGUACCUGAUCAAGGAAUGUUAAUUAAUCAACAACAAGCACAACAGGAACAUCAUACAAUGAUCUCACAAGAAGCCGAGGUUCCAAUACCAACUCAGGGAAUGACGCCAAAUCAACCAAGAAGGCGUAGUAAUUCACAAUAUCCAUCUCCCACUGUGAUUACUACGGCGCGAUUCGAAUUCGCACCCGCUGCGCCACAAUACGUUGAAACGCACUCUACUUACGCAACUUACGCAGUGAACUCGCGGUUAUCACAAUUUAUUGGUCACUCUGACUUGACGCUAUUUCAACCCGAUCACCAUUUUUCCACGGGGCUAACGCAGCAAUGUUACCAACAAUUUGCGUAUGCGAACACCUUCGCUCCUCCACCACAACAAAUGGGAAUUCCUUCAACGCCAAUUGUGACAAUAGAAUCACAACAAAAUACCAUUUCGGGAACAUCAUAUUCAAUUCACCAGCAAAAUUACUUAGAAUCUCCGUCGCCUCAAACGGCUGGUGCUGAUCCCCAAUUCUGCUACCCAUCACAUGAAGAUUUGGUUUUUCUAAGCCAACUAGACGGUUCGGGAAGCCAUUCGUUUUUAUUACACCAGUCCGAUUCAUACGAAUUUAGGGAACAUUCCUAG